AGAGAGAGAGAGAGGAAGUGAUGGAGCGACCAUCAUCAUCACCAUCAGAGUCUACCUGCCUCCUCUGACUCUGAGUCUCAGACCGAGUCCAGGAUCCUGAAGUCUGAAGUCAUGAUGUCUGAUUCCAGGCCAUCCUCUGUCAUCCAGGAGUGGGUGAGCUCGUACCCGGGUCAGGCCCACUUGACCCCUGUGGGCCCGGGUCAGUCCUCGGCUCAGCUGGCCCAGAUGGAUGUGAUCCCGUACAGCCAGUCUCAGGGGAUGAUGAGGGGGGGUGGCGAGGACCGGUUGGCCGAGCAGAUGAUGGGCCUGUCCUACCUGCCGUACUCCGCUUCCUGUCUGGGGAAUGCCUCCAACUCAGUGAGCUCCACCCACCACCAGAGCCACGGUGGCUCUCAGCAGGACUUCUCCCCCUUUCUCCUGCCCACCCUGAAGGCCCCUGUCACCAAGAGGAGCAUCAGCAAGGACAGCGCUGAGUACAGGCUGAGGCGGGAAAGGAACAACAUCGCUGUGAGGAAGAGCCGGGACAAGGCCCGGAGGAGGAUCCUGCUGACCCAGCAGAGGGCCCUGCAGCUGCAGGAGGAGAACCAGAAGCUGCAGCUGAGGAUUGGACAGCUGACCCAGGAGCUGGACACUCUGAAACACAUCCUGUCACAGCGACACCUGCAGGGAGCCGAGGACGGAGCAGCUGGGGAGUCCAGUAUCUGAGACCAGAACCUGGUGGUUUGUAGUUUUUAUUGUCAAACAUGUUCAGCUUUAACUGUUUGUCCACACUUUGCUGUCAUGCUUUGGUUCAGUGAAGCUUAAAGACACCGCCCUCCAACUCAUCACAGAUCAGAGUGAACAGAAACAACUUUUACUAUUGGGAAAUCACAUUUUCAGAUAUUAAAACAUCAAAUGUCUCUGGGUCAGAUUUGACCUAUGACCCUAGAGCUUGUGUUGUGUUAUAUACUGUUGGUGGGUCUGAGCUCCAAAUAAACUCAGGGAGCACAGAGUAACUCAUAUUUCUGAGCUCCUGAAGGCAUUGUCCUCCUACAUGUGUAAUCCACUCUCUGAUUUGAUUUGAAAAACAUUUCCUGAUCGUCUACCUGGUACUUCUUGUCAGGGGCAGAGAUGAUUGUAAGUGUUGUUGCCCAACAGAGUUUCACAACAACCUGUGGUUUGUGGAGGAUUCACUGAAAUCUAAGUCUCUCUCUGUCAAAGACUCUAACUCUGUGAGAUUACUUGAAAUGAUUGUGACUCAGAUUGUAAAGAUUUCACCUCUAAUGUUGUUGAAUGUGUUUUAUAAAUUUAUGGUGAAAUAUUUUCUUAAAUAAAUCAAUAAAAGUGUGUACCUUGA